AUCAUAUUCAGUGUGUUUUCGUGGACCGUGUUAUCUUUCACCAAUCACAACUUUUCAUUUUUCAAUUUACAUCUUCGUUCUCUGUUUUCCUCCUUUUUUUUUUCUCCGAAAGCCCUUUCUUUUCUUCCUUGAUUACAUCCACGCGGUCAUGGAGGAAGUUAACGUUGUAGAAACUAAGGAUGGAACUGUUUCAGUAGCUUCUGCAUUUGCUGGUCACCAAGAAGCUGUGCAGGAUAGGGACCAUAAAUUUCUAAGAAAAGCAGUUGAAGAAGCAUACAAAGGAGUAGAUUCUGGACAUGGAGGUCCUUUUGGUGCUGUUAUAGUUUGCAAUGAUGAAGUAGUAGCUAGUUGUCACAACAUGGUUCUUAGUCAUACGGACCCUACCGCACAUGCAGAAGUUACAGCAAUAAGGGAGGCUUGUAAGAAGCUUAAGAAGAUAGAACUGUCAGAUUGUGAAAUAUAUGCUUCUUGUGAACCUUGCCCCAUGUGCUUCGGUGCAAUCCACCUUUCUCGAAUUAAGAGGUUGGUUUAUGGAGCGAAGGCCGAAGCAGCAAUCGCUAUUGGGUUUGAUGACUUUAUCGCAGAUGCAUUGCGAGGUACCGGAUUCUAUCAGAAAGCACAGCUGGAGAUCAAAAGAGCUGAUGGCAACGAGGCCAUGAUCGCGGAAGAGGUGUUCGAGAAAACGAAGGAAAAGUUCCGAAUGUAUUAGAUCUUUUUAAUUCAUUUCAUCACAUCUGAUUGAAAAUUGGCCAUUCCGGAUUGAUUGGCUUCAUUUAAAUUAUGGAAAUUGUUGAUAAAUAGAUUGGUUUCAUUUGGGAUGUAACAAUUUACAAGCUAGGAUUGGGAUUGUUUCUGUUGUACUACUAAUCUUCACACAGGAAGAUAUAUCAAAUGCAUUUCUUUACUUCUUUGCCA